AUGUCUUAUGAGUACUACCCCAUCACCGGCAUCCCGAUUCCAUCGGGGGAAGUAACCCCCGCAAGGCGGGAGAUUUCCAGCUGGUGGACGUCCACAGUCCCCGAGGAUCAAAUCCAAGUGUCCCUUUUCAUUCGAGCUCUGCGGGAAAUGCAGGACAAGAACCCAUUGCAGGAGCUGCUAUCCUACUAUCAGAUUGCCGGUCCGUCUGCUCACAGCGUGCAACAGCAAGUGCUUUACAACAUCAUGGUCAAGGAGCUCAUCCCCAGCAUCACCGAUGCGUCCGUCAAGGCAGACUGGGAGAAGGCGGCCCAGCACUGGCGCCUACCCUUCUGGGACUGGGCUAUCCCUCAGUCAGACACUGGCAAAUUUGGAGUUCCGGGAAUCGUGGCGCUCGAGCAGCUCGAUGUCCUGAAGCUGGGGGGCAAGGACAAGGAACGCGUCAAGAACCCCCUUUACAAGUUUACAAAUAAGAUCAACGGGGAAGAGGUCUCAAUGAACGAUGCAAGAAUGAAGCCAUAUCAACUGAAUUACGAGGCGUACACUGGCAUUACGCUGAGUAUCCUCCAGUACAACAAAAGUAUUGGCACCAGCCGGUAUGGAGACCCCAGUCGCACCGAUUGGAUACAGGGGUUUGUGGACAAUUCCAAAGUCGAGGAGGCUCUCAAGAAUCCCAAGGCUGAGCACUGGGAGGAAGGCGUGUCGAUUGCGCAAAACGUCUAUCGGAUCCUCACCGAUGUGUACUUUAAGUCUUACGAGACAUUCGCAUCCACGUAUCUCAGUGCCCAGUUGGAGGAGAGAGAACGGCUCAAGGCUACCGAGUACCUCUCACUGGAGAUGAUACACAACAACAUACAUGUCUGGACCGGCGGCUGGGUCGAGCAGGGCAAGGCCUCUACUACAAAGGUCACUGGCCCCCCCAUUACAGCGGGCCACAUGGCAGAUGUCCCGGUGGCAUCAUUCGAUCCCAUUUUCUGGUUGCACCAUUGCAACGUCGACCGACUCCUCGCCAUCUGGCAGUACCUGAACCCCGACAAGUGGUUUGGCUCGAAAGCCGUGCCUACGCCGGACCCUAACCCACAGCCUACGGAUGACCUCGCCCCUUUCCAUAUCAACAAGGAGGGCAAAUAUUACAACUCAAACGACGCCAGAUACUGCGAGAAACUCGGAUAUACUUACCAGGACUUGGUGAGGACAACUACCGACCAGUUAAAGAUUGACUUGCAGAAUAAAUACGGAAAACACACAAAGAAGCUCCAGCCCGUCUUCCAGGGAAUUCCAGUCCCCGGGAUUGGCGAAGAGACGUUUCCAGAUUACAUCAUCAACGUCGAAUAUGACCGGUUUGCAUUGGGCGGCGAACCAUAUUCUGUCGAGUUUCAUCUAGAGACAACCAAUGACCAGAACCAAGCAGAGUGUUGCACCCUCGGCUCUUUCCACAACUUUACGUCUCCCGUGGUACCUGACUGCGAGAACUGUCAAAAGCAACAGGACAAGGGUGCCAAGUCAAAGGCCCAGGUGCCCAUCACGCUUCCUCUGAACGGGCUAGUCAUAAACCCAGGCUUUCGUGAUGUGACGAGCCUGCAACCGGAUCACGUCAAUGCGCUGCUAGAGCAGCAGCUUAGGAUUUCCGUGUCCAAGCUUACUGGUGAACAAAUCCUCCCAAAGGAUCUGCCGGGAUUUCAUGUGACUAUCCAGGUUGGCAGGGCUAAGCUGCCUCAUGUUUCGCUUGACGUCUUCCAGCCUGAUUCAUACACUACCCUUCGGAGAGUCUCUUUGGUAGAAAGCCUUGUUUCCAGGCUAGGGCUAGGCUGA